UUUUAUUUUAAUUUGACUUGCUGAAGGGUAUCUCUUGGCUAUCUGUUGCUUGCUAUCGCUGUUUGCGUUUUCUGAGAACGGAGAGCGAAGACAAGCCAGCAGUGCACCAGGAACAUGAGGACGGUGACAGUCGGCGGUAAUCGGUGAGGGCAGGAGGAUUGCGUCGGGGCCCUCGGAGUCAUCCUCGUUUCCAUCAUCCUGACCGCCGUUGCUGUGAAGUGAGCAACGAUGAGGAAAUUUGGCCGGGGACGCGAUCUCAUCCGCAACGCCGGGGCGGUCGUCCUCGCCGUUGGGCUUCUGGCCACAGCAGUACGCUGCAUUGAUCUCGCGCAAUGCGUCGGGCCACUGGGGAUGGAAAGUGGCGCGAUACCGGACAACGACAUCACGGCCAGCUCGAGCUUCGACAGCGGCAACGUUGGACCUCACCAGGCUCGGGUGAGGACGGAAAAUCAGGGCGGCGCCUGGUGCCCGAAGGACCAAGUGACCGACGACCCCCGCCAGUGGCUCGAGAUCGAUCUUCACACGGUGCACCUGAUCACCGCCACCGGGACCCAGGGUCGCUUCGGCAACGGCGUCGGCGUCGAGUACGCCGAGUCGUACGUGCUCGAGUACUGGCGGCCCCGACUCGGCAAAUGGAUUCGUUACAAGGACGUCAAGGGCCACAACGUGAUCAAGGGCAACGACAACACGUACCUCGAGUCCAAGCACAUACUGGACCCGCCCAUAUGGGCGAGCAAAAUCCGCUUCCUCCCCUACGACUCGCACAUGCGUUAUGUUUGCAUGCGCGUGGAACUGUACGGAUGCCUCUGGACUGAUGGCAUAGUCUCAUACUCGAUGCCCCAGGGAAACAAGCGAAGCACCGACUGGGAGUUCUUCGACGCGAUAUACGACGGUCCCUGGGACGGGGAGCUGCGACGGGGUCUGGGUUUGCUGACGGACGGCAGGACCGGGCCCGACAACUUCAAGGUGGGCAUACACGCCCACGACCGGGGCAAGGGCUGGGUCGGCUGGAGGAACGACACCCGGGCCGGCCAGCCCGUGGAGAUCAAGUUCGAGUUUGACCGCGUCAGGGAGUUCUCGGCUGUGCACGUCGUUUGCAACAAUCAGUUCAACAAGGACAUCAAGGUGUUCUCGCAGAUGGAAGUGCUUUUCAGCAUCGGCGGCAAGUUUUACUCGGGCGAGCCGAUAACUUACAACUCCAUGGAGGACAACGUGUUCGAGCACGCGCACAACGUCACGGUCAAGCUUCACAAUCGCGUGGGGAAGUUUGUCAAGCUCAAGCUGCACUUUUCCGCCAAAUGGAUCAUGAUCAGCGAAGUCAGCUUUAUUUCGGUGGUGGCCCACGGGAACUUCAGCGCCGAGGAGCUCGCGUCGACCGAGAGCCCAGCCCAGCGCGACGUCUUCGUGGAGAAGAAGGGCGGCGUCCCAGGCGAGCCCCCGGUGUCGCAAGCCAAGCACGACGACCCGACCUACAUGGCAGUGGUCAUAGGGAUCCUCAUGGCCGUGAUACUGCUGCUCGCGGUGGCAAUAUUCCUGAUCGUCAGCCGGCACAGGCAGCGCAAGUGCUUCGCCAGUCCGGUCAAUGGGAAGGCCCCCUCCCACUUGGGCUCGUCUACCUGCGCCACAGUGGAGAAGGGCGCCGCUCUCAUGGCUUACACGCUCGAGGACGACGAGAGGUACGCGGGUGGCUCGCUGCCAACACUGCCCCGGGACCUCGGCAACCGGCUCCUCGACAUCGUCAAGCUCGACGACUACCAGGAGCCAUAUCAGGCGCUCAAGUACGCCCCCUACUACAGCUACAGUACCGUCGUCAUGGAAAUGAAGGACAUGAUGCUGAACAACAAACCAACGACGGUCAAUCACAGUAACGCGGUGUACGCGAACGGUGCAGUUGACACCUCGUACGACUACGCGGUGCCGGAGCUCGGGACUCAGCAGCCCCUGCUCAACGCCGUGGACGGCCGACACGGUUGCGGUGGCAGCGGGACCAGCGGAGGCCUUGCUAUUAACGGGGGAGCGACCAGCAGCGCGGGCAGCGACCAAGACAGCGUUUUCUCCAAGGCGUCCUCGAGGAGCAGUCGGCCCGACGAUAAGAAGUCGCCAACGCAACAGGAGGUGCUGUCCGCGCUGAAGAAGCGACUGGAGCAGACCAAUGUGCCCCUCUUCCCGAGGCAUCGGCUACGCAUGCUCUCGAAACUGGCCGAGGGCGCCUUCGGCUCGGUGUACAUAGCGGAGGCCGAGGGCAUCCCGGAGUACGGAACGACGACGAGUCUCGGAAAGAGGCUCGUGGCAGUCAAGUUUUUACUGCCGGAAGCAAACGAAAAGGAAAAGCUGGACUUCCAGAGGGACGUGAGGAUCCUCGCCGCCCUCGAGGACCGAAACAUAGCCCGAGUGUUGGGCGCCUGUUGUCGCGAGGAGCCCUACUGCGUCGUCAUGGAGUACCUCGAGCACGGCGAUCUCUGCCAGUUCCUCAAGUCCCACGUGACCGCCGAGGACGCCCACUCCAUGCCCAUCGGGGUGAAAACGCUGAGCUUCAACUGCCUCAUCUACAUGGCCGCGCAAAUUGCGUCGGGGAUGCGGUACUUGGAGAACCUCAACUUCGUGCAUCGGGAUCUGGCCACGAGAAACUGCCUGGUCGGAAUGGCUUACCACGUGAAGAUCUCGGAUUUCGGCACCGACAACGAAUUAUACGCCUGUGAUUACUAUAAAGUCGACGGUGGCAUGACCCUGCCCGUCAGAUGGAUGGCCUGGGAAUCCUUGGUUUUGGGUAAAUACACGACAAAGAGCGACGUGUGGUCGUUUGCCGUGACGCUGUGGGAGAUCCUUAACCUGGGCAGGCGUGUGCCACACGAGCACCUAAGUGACCAGGAGGUAGUCGACCGUCUGCGCAAACUAUGUCGAGACUGCAGUGCCUGUAGCGACGACGCCUCGCAGAUCAAGAGCAGCGAGGAGGAGGACAACGACGACGACGACGAGGAGGAAGAGGAGGACAAGGUGACCUCGAGGUUCGAGCAUCUGCCAAAGCCAUUGGCCUCGUCGAAGGACAUCUACGACCUGAUGCUCGAGUGUUGGCGCAGGGACGAGUCGGAGAGGCCGACUUUUCGGGAGAUAUCGCUCUUCUUGCAACGAAAGAACCUCGGCUACGCGCCCACGACCGCUUCCUGAUUCUGAGAGCGCGAGAUCGGCCUGCUAGCCGAUCGACGAGCAGGUGCCACCCCCGUCACCGCCGAUCGUGCCACCCAAGCGCAAGUGACGGCCUCCUGAUCCGAGACCCGAUUGUCGGACCACGAGUUUUUCAUUCGCCGCACCAAAAUUUGAGGUGCAGGACCGGCGUUAAUUGCUACCCUCACGUCUGUGGUGGGAGCGGUCAUUUUUGUACAGAGUUCGAACAACUCCCAAGUAUUUGUUCUUAAUUGGUUGGGAUUUCGUUUGUCAAACCAAGAGAAACAUCAGCGACUGGGUAUUGUAAACGUUGCGCAAAUGCAUGAAAACGAAAAAAAAAUCCGAGCACGUUUACGAACAGCAAACUCAUAGUGCUUGAUUAUGAGGUGUGAGAGGCAUUAGUUGUAUAAUGCGAGGCGAUGGCCUGUGAACAUUCCUGUACCGAA